CAGUAUGCAGGCAUAGUUUGGUAAGCGUCUCUCGAGUUGGUUAUAGAGUUAGUUACGUAGAAGGCUAGUGGUUUCAUCAUAUCAUAACAGAUGGUGUAGAUUAAUUAUGUCAUAAUGGAAAAUUGCACAUACUGUAUUUAAGAAUCCUAAGCUCUGCGAAACCUUAUCUCGAGCUAUUUUAAAUUGAACCUUAUCAGCCUUCUUCACUGAAUAAUAAUUUUCUUAAUAAUUAUCUUACUGGGGUUGUUAAGGAUUAUUUUUAGUUGCAUAGCUUUUAUAUCAGUUGUGGCAUAAUUUUGAGUAAAUUGAUUAAUUGAUAAUUUCAUUUCUUUAAAGAAUAAAUUAUAUAUAUAAAUUAUAUAAAUAUAUAAAUUGAAGCUACCAUGGUGAUUAAUCAAGUAAUAAAAAUUAUAAAAUAUUUAUUAUAAAAAAUGGGCAAAUUUAUUUUAUUUAUUAUUAUUAUUUCUUUUUUUUUUUUUGUAACUAGUUAAACUGUCCCCAGUUGUUUACUGGAAGCUUGUUAUUCUUCUGAAGGAUCUACCUGAUUCUGAACAUGUGCCCUUCACACAGACCCAGCGCAGAGAUAAAUAGAGAGUGCAGAAAGCUGAUCGGUAUUUCGUGAGAAUAACAUCACCUCUCUCACAUGACCGGCUUCUGUUGCAUGAUUAUUGAUGUAUAUAUGUUGUCUCUCUCAAUCCGACAAGCUGUUAAUAAGAAAUAUGAUUCGUCAAAAGUUUGACGAGGGGAGGGGCGAAGUGGAGCCAGGAGGCCCAGCUGCUCACGGAGCAGCAAUAUGUUCACACUGAUAAGUGCUUCUUUUGAGUUUGUGUGUCACGUGAGGCUGUUCAGAGCCUCAGGCACAUGCUGUAUCACCCUCAACGAGAUAUCUGCUCCAUACAAGCUCAUCUGUAGCUCCAUUCUGCUCCACAUUCGUAUCUUCUUUAUAAUUUUUGGACAAAUAAUUUUUUUUUUUUAGAAUGGUUGUAAGACAUUCGAUCAUUCAGUUUCCUUCGAUCGUUCAGUGUAUAUUAUCAGUUAUAUAUUUGAAUUACUUUUUUUUAAUAUUUUGAUUUUGAAACGUAGUUGCAGUAAUUUACAGUAGUUCCAGUAAUUUUGCAUGCAUUUUUGUUCUGAUUUAAAUAUUAGUAUAUAUUUAGCUGAAAUUAAACAGUACAAUAUUUUAAAUAAUUGUUUUCAUUAAUGGUUUUAGUUUUAAGUUCGCCCCUAAUCUAUGAGUAAUAAUUUAGAGUAGAUUUGGUCAUUACAUUAUUUGCUUUGCCGUUGGAGUGAAUGGGUGCCGUCAGGAUGAUCACAAUAAUCCCCAAGUAAUCCACAUUCCUCCACUCUAUCAAUUGACUUCUCGAGAGAUUACAAACUGCUUGUCAUAAACCUAUCAUAAAGACACCUCUCUAUCCAUAAAAUUAGUUUUUCUAGUGAAAAAGCUAUCUUGUCUGAAAUUAGAGAACUAUGCAUAGAUCGAGUACUGUUUAUAAGCACAACUAGACCAAAACAAAUGAGUCUGUAGACAAGAGGGGGUGGACUUAGAGGAAUCAUUAGGAAUCAUGUACUAGUAUUUUGAUCAGAAGUAAUGGUUUACAGUUAAAAUGCCUUAAUUAUCUAUGUGUUUCACAAGAUGUUUAUCAAUGGCCUGGAGUCAUGUGGAUUACUUGUGGAUGAUUGGGAAGUUUUUAUUAGUCUUUCUGACGGCACCCAUUCACUGGAGGAUCCAUUGCUGAGCAAGUGAUGUAAUGUUAAUCUUUCCCCUAAAUCAGUUCGUUGAAGGAACAAACCCAUGUACUCCUUGGAUGUAGAUAAUAAUUGUACUACCUUUUGUGCGGUUCAGAUAUUUAAAAGGGAUAGUUCAGCUAAAUAUGAAAAUUACGGCAUGUUUUACUCAUCCCAAAGCCAUCCUAGGUGUGUAUCAUAUUUUGAUAUAUUGAUAUAUUUGAUAUAUAGCAUAUUUUGAUAUAUUUGCAUGCUUGUAAACCUGUUAUUUUGGACUCCCAAAACAUAAACCCUUAAUAACCCAUAAUAGGGGCGCUGUGAAAGAAAUAAAAGAAUAAGCUGAGAAUGAAAGUAAGACUGUUAAAGUAUGCUCUGUUACCCCAGAGUGCUCGCAGUUGUCUAAAAUGAACACAAACACUGUUGUCAAGUCACCUGCUGCUGUGGAUGAAACCUCCCCGGUGGCCAUUUAAAGUUAUGUUUGAGUAUUUAAGCCGAUAGAAACAGAUGACCGAUGCUUGAGUGGCUAGACCCUUGCUGACCCUCACGCUUCUCUGUGAUCACAAUCGGUCCAUGUCCUUUAAUUGGGCGUCAUCUCAUUGCUAGGAAACUAAGUCAUCAUAACAAGGACACUGACAGCGAGAGAAGCGGAGGCUGCUCAAAAUAGCCACCGUGAAGCUUCAGAGAUAAAUGACUCGGUGCUGAAAGUUUCAGCGAUUGCCAUUAGACAAAGCAAAGAGGAAACCGAGCGGUUUAUUUGGACUGUCAUGCGAUAUACGCUUGCUGCAUGCGAACGGGAUAAUAUUAGGAAGCCAUCAGAAACGUUUGUCGUGUGUUAUGUUGCGCUCCCAUAAUUCAACGUAGUUAUGUCUUCUCCGGAGUGAUGCUGAUGUGUGUGGAAGUGUGGCACACGUCUGAGCUUAUAUCUACAUGCUGUGAAGAGGAUUUAAUUACACCUGAGGUCUGCAACCGUUUAUGCAACUCUGAAACUGCUCCUCAGCUGAUCAGUUAUUAAUAGUUUCUGUUAUGUGCUAGCUACUUACUGUAACAUGAUCGAGAGGUCAUGACUACAUUUAGAGGGACACGUCCUACCCAAUAUUCAGAUUAGAGGAUGACUGAUCGCACACCCAUUCAAUUAUUUUAGUCCCCUCUAUCCUAAAUACAUAUAUAGUUAUAUUGUUGAAUGUGCUUCAGGCUAAUGAAAUACAGCAGGAUUGAAUCAUCCUCGGUGCAGAAUGGCAGUUCUGAGCUUGACUAAUAACAUGAAUGUCAUUAAGGAUCCUGACUAAUCAAUCUCAUGGGAAACGGGGAGAAAUAAUUGCAUCUGCUCAGUUUAUUCACUUUUGAUACUUUGGAUUCGAGCGAAGCAGCUGUUUCUUGAAUUCACCGCUUCAUGAUUUCAAAGAUCUGGGGUUCCCUGCCCUGACUUUAACUUAGCGACUUUGUAAGGAUCUUGCAAAAGACAAACCAAGUAACUGAGGCAAUAGCAUGUGGCAAGACGUUGCAACAUUUAUUCCUUAAAACCAAAGUUGUACAGAAUUUUUUAUUUGUGCUUUUAUUUUAGAUUUUCAUAGUACACUUCUAUUAAUUUACUAACAAGUACUUAUUACUUUAAUAGUCACUUGAUAGCAACAAGCAACUUAACUCAAUCUUAACUCAGCUCAUAUCAGCUUAAGAGAAAAGUGAAGUGGUCUGGGUUUUUUAAAUUAUUAACUUUUUAUUAUUAUUAACAUUUUAAUAAUUUAUUAUUAUAAAUUUUUUUUUGCUUCAUUAAACGUUUUAUGACAAAUGUUUGCUAGUUGUUACCCAGUUACAGAUGCUUAAAUAAAAAAAAGUAUUAUAAUAAAUAAAUACUAUUAAUUAAAGAGAUUGAGAUUGAUUGGCAACAAACGCUAAUAUCCGGGUGAACCCUGCGAAAGUGAAAGGUACUUGUCAUUAUUAAAAAUGACUAAUUAGCUUAUUUAAAAAAAAACCAAAAAACUUAUGCAUUCUAACAAUAAUUACAUUUUAAUAAAUGUUUUAUCAGCUUGCCAUAACAGACCGCCGUAAUCUUAUCUGAGACGUGAGGGACUGCACUGUAGCUUGACUCUCCGUGGUCCCUCACGGACUAAUUACUAAGGUGUUUUUCCACGGGGAGGAGCAACCAGAGCAGCAGAGUAUCUCAGUGUACUAGACACUUGCGCUUGGAAAGCGAAGGCAAAGCGUGCGCUCCGUGGACGCGCUCGAACCUCAUAUUGCAAUUAUUAACUUACAGUUACUUGCUGCGCAAUAUUUCUUCGCAUUUAUUUUACAGUCGCGUUGUUGCUGUUUUUUUAAUAUAUAUAGUUAUACGCUAAUCUGCAUUGCGCUCUUGGAGAAGUUCCUUCUUGAACUGCUGAUAUGGUUUGGAGGGGCUAAAUGUAAACGCGUAGUUAUGGAACGCAAAGAGACGUAACGCACUUGAUUGGUACUAAUGUUAACUACACAGAUAUCUACUACAAUGUCACAGGCUGAGGUCGACAUGGCAGGUCUUGGCUUCCCGAAGUUGCCUGCGGGUUUUGACGCGGACUCGUUCUUCCCAGCGCGCCUGCCGCCGAGGCGCAGGAGACACUCGGCGAACUCCAGGAGAAAUGCCUACAGGUUUAACAAACUCCACACCAUGGACGUCGAGCACCAGGAGAGCAUCGCGCCUCUGACGAAAACUUUUUCGUGGUCGGCCGACAACAUUUUGUCAGAAAGUGCCAACGAGGAGAAAAAGAUGGACUCUUCUCCUCCCGCGUCGCCGGUCUCCAGCUCUCCACCUGAGACGCAAGACUCGGACCCGCGGCCGGCCGAUGACGCCUGGGCCGCCGAGGAGCCCGGCGCGCAGGAGGCCGACGCCAGCUCGGACUCGGACGAAGAAAUCGCCCACAAGAAGGCUGUCUUGUCGAGAGCCCCGUUUGAGAGCAAACGCGAGCAGGAGGAAAAGGAUGAGGUGGAGACUAAAGCUGUGGCGACUUCACCUGAUGGAAGGUUUCUGAAAUUCAACAUCGAGAUCGGAAGGGGCUCCUUUAAGACGGUCUACAAAGGCUUGGACACGGAGACCACCGUGGAGGUCGCUUGGUGUGAACUGCAGACCCGAAGGCUGACGAAAGUGGAACGGCAGCGGUUCAGUGAAGAGGUGGAGAUGCUGAAGUGCCUGCAGCAUCCAAACAUCGUCCGUUUCUACGAUUCCUGGAAGUCCACCAUGAAAGGACACAAGUGCAUCAUCCUUGUGACGGAACUCAUGACGUCAGGGACACUGAAGACGUACCUGAAAAGGUUCAAAGAGAUGAAGCUGAAGCUCCUCCAGCGUUGGAGUCAUCAGAUCCUGAAGGGUCUACAUUUUUUGCACACGCGAACACCUCCCAUAAUCCACCGAGACCUUAAAUGUGACAACAUCUUCAUCACUGGCCCCACAGGAUCUGUUAAGAUUGGUGAUUUGGGCCUAGCUACUCUCAAGAGUGCCUCAUUUGCCAAGAGUGUCAUUGGAACCCCAGAGUUUAUGGCUCCAGAGAUGUACGAGGAGAAAUAUGAUGAAGCUGUUGAUGUUUACGCCUUUGGCAUGUGCAUCCUGGAGAUGACCACAUCAGAGUACCCUUACUCAGAAUGCCAAAACGCUGCACAGAUCUACCGCAAAGUCACCAGUGGCAUGAAGCCAGACAGUUUUUACAAAGUAAAAGUCCCUGAACUGAAAGAGAUUAUUGAGGGAUGCAUCCGGAUGAACAAAGACGAAAGGUACACUAUCCAGGACCUGUUAGAGCACACCUUUUUUCAGGAGAAUAAUGGUGUCCAUGUUGAAUUGGCUGAGGAGGAUGACAUGGUGAAGUCUGGCCUUAAACUCUGGCUUCGAAUGGAUGACACCAAGAAGCUUCAUGGCAAGUAUAAAGACAACAACGCCAUUGAGUUCCUGUUUGAACUCUACAAGGACGUCCCAGAAGAGGUGGCUCAGGAGAUGGUUGUUCUUGGCUUCGUCUGUGAGGCAGACUACAAACUCGUGGCCAAAGCCAUCCGCGACCGUGUCACCGCCAUCAAGCGCCAACGAGAGAAGCUCCGCCGACAGGCCGAAGAAGCACAGAGGCGGCGACAAGAAGAGGUGAUUGAGGAGGAACCCGAACCUGUUAUUGAAUCCGAACCUUCAGUUUCUAACCCACCUGCUCCUAAGCCUCCAGUAGAGAUGCCUGUUUCCACCCCUAUUCAAGCUCCGCCCACCGUCACCGUGUCAGGCCCCAUUUCCCAGCCUGCAAACGAAUCUCUGGACUCAGGCUUCAACGCCAGCUUUGCCACAGAACCCGAGGAGCCAGAUGCCGAUCAGCGGCAGCAUUUCAACAUACGUCACUCCAGCUACUCAUCUGCGACUUCUGACUGUGAGACGGAUGGAUAUCUCAGCUCCUCUGGGCUUCAGGAUCCUUCAGAAGCUCGAGUUCCUGUGGCAAACCAUGCCUCCCCAACUCCACAACCAACCAGUGGAGCUCCUCACAUGGAAACUCCACCCACUGAAGCUGUAUCCACUGAAGCCCCUCCCACAGCUGCAGCAAUCCCAGCUCUCCGUUUCCCAUCGAGCAUUGCUGUGUCCCAAAACACAGAGAGGACCCAGUCAGGAAGUGCCAGUGGUUUUUCCUCUCCUGUCGACAGCUACGCUUCUGAUGUCACGUCUGGUUUGAGUGAUGGAAACGAGGGCCUUUCCGAGAGAGGCGGGAAAGGUCAGAACAAACGCACAGGAACAAAGCUGCUCAGGAAGAGGGCUCGCUCACGGCUACGCAUCACUGGGCUGUCAGAUAAAGUGGAUCGGGUUGUAGAGUGUCAGCUACAGACCCAUAACAGCAAGAUGGUGACAUUUAAAUUCGAUCUGGAUGGAGACAACCCAGAAGACAUUGCUGCAGUGAUGGUACAUAAUGAGUUUAUCCUACCUGGGGAGAGAGAGGGAUUCAUCCACCGCAUGAGGGACAUCAUCCGUCGAGCGGAGGCCCUGAUGAGGAGAGAGCCUUUGGAGCCCCUUAGCCCCAGAGACACUGCUCGUCUGCCUUAUCUGAGUGGAGUCGGCUCGCUGUCUGCCUCACAGCCCAAUCUCCACACGCACGGCCUUGCUCGCACAAACUCUUCCUCCUCGUUACCAGAUUAUGCCGCUGCCAGUAUAGGGCCAGUGACCCGGGGGUCCUCGCCAACACUGAGCGCCGACUUUUACGUUGAUCCCGAUGCCGUUCCGCCCGUCCGGCCCCUGCGUUCACAGUCCUUCCACACUACAGGUUCCUCUCAGACCUACCAGUCUUUUACACCCAACUAUGCUCAGUACGCCCACCCCGACCCCCUGCCACAUCUCCUGCCAAAUCAACUCCCCAAACCACCUUACGCUCACAACUCCCAUUUCCCCUACCCCUACCAAAUUGAUCACGCCUCCCUCAAGAGUCCCCUCAACCCAAGUCCGCUCACCCGUGUACCCAGCAACCCAAACUUCUUCUCCUCUUCUUCAUCCUCUUCAGUUGUUUCACCGGUUCAGCAGUCCACAGAGAUGCCAACUCAAGCUGAAACCAACAAUCUGCCGCUUUCAGCUGCCCCUCCGCCUGGUCCGCAAGCUGCAGGCAUGUGGCCACCACCUUCCCAGCAACCCCUUAUUUCACUGGCCAGUGUUCUUUCCAUGGCUAUGAACUUUGCACAGUCCUUUAUACCCCCUGGAUCCAUCCCUCAAGGUUUCCAUCCACAAAUGGCCCCUCAAGCAGGCUAUGGCCCUAUAUAUCCAGCUCAGCACAAUGCUGAUGCUCCAUACUACCAGGCAGCACAGGGCGGACAGUAUAUGGAUAUGUAUCAAUAUCCUGAUGCUCAUACGCAGGUUCCGGCACCAGUCCCUGAACCUCAUGAAGGGGGCCAAAGAGCAUCUCCACCAGUAGUCCCACAUAGAGAGCUGAGAACAUGUACGGCCCCUGAGAUUAAACAGCCCAUAAACCCAAAUCCCACAAACCCAAGCUCUUCUCCAGGGUUUAGAAGUAGCCCACUGACAGAGAGCCAGUCUUAUCCCAUUGGGCAACUCCGAGAGCGGGCAGACAGUUCAGCAUCAAGCUCCCACACCCCAUCCAGCACAAGCUCACCAGCAUCGUCUACAUCCCCGAGCCCGCAAAACACUGUGUCCUCACCUGUACCAAGGUCCUCCCCGACUCUAUCCAUGUCUCUGGCAGUGUUAGAAACAAAUACCAUUGCAGCCAAAUCUAGACUCUCACCUAUAUCUGAAGAGAAAAAGUCUAUUGUCACAGUUGGAAGAUUCCAAGUCAGUCCAAGCAAGGAGAUCCCCAUUCCAACUCCCAGCCCGACUUCCAGGCUGACGCCAACUCCCACCCCUACAGCUACGGCCACAUCCAUACCGACCCAAAACAGACCCCAAACCACACCCCCUACUCACAACAGCCAAUCAGACAGCAGCACAGACGUACAGGUGGAAUCAGAAAGCAGUCACAGCUCUCUGAACGAAUCCCCACCACUUAUCCAACCACCUACUAAGGUUCUCUGCCGCCCAGACAGCGCCCCCUUGUGGACCGGAGAACCUAAAACACCAGAGAGAAAAGUUUUAGAACCGGACGAGGGACGAGGAGGUGAAGAAGGGGAGGAGGUGGAGGAGGAGACAGAAAGGAGGCGGAGGAGGAUAAGUGUAAGUUUGCUGGAAAGUUCAGCCGGGAGUCCUCAGUUCAAUCUCAAUCAGCCGUGGAUGAGCUAUACACGCAGCACGUCGUACGCUAGCAGCGACGAGACAGAGAGUGAAGACGAGGGAAUGUAUGAGGAGCUACAGGAACUCAGAGAGAGACAUGUGCAAGAGGUUCAGGCUCUCCAGGCCUCUCAAAAACAAGAGAUCGAGGAGCUCUACAAACGCAUGGGUAAAGUGCCCCCUCCAGGAAUUGUGUCUCCAGCAGCCAUGUUGUCCAGUCGCCAGCGUCGUCUGUCUAAAAGCGGAGGGUACCCAAGCUCUCGCCGCAACAGCCUGCAGAGACUGGACAUGCUGCCCCCUACAGGUAUCAUGCGUAAGAACUCGGUGAGCGGCAGCAGCAGCGGGUCACAAGAAAGGACCAGUAAAGGAGUGACCUUUGCCUCUGAUUAUACCAGAAUUUGAUUUCGUUUUCUGAGGAGCCCUUUGGCCUUCGUACCGCUCUCCUUAUGGACUGAAGUGACACCAUUGCUUCCUCCGAUGUGUGUGAGCACAUGUUUGUGAUGUCAGGAAAGGAGUGUGUGUGUGUGUGUCCUUCACAGACUGUGAUGUGAAUAUUUUUAACCAGUAUACCUCUGUUCAGUAUUCUAAGGAUGAUUUACGUACCUAGUGAGCUUUCUGAAGAGACAGACUUUAUAUAUGAAACUUGUUUAGAGAUGUUGAUCUCAGCACGGCAGUAUGGAGAAAUGCCCACUCGUUUGCAGCUAUAGCACCCCUAGUGGUUGAAUGUAUUAAUUGCAAAUGUGUUUUCAGUCAUUAGGCAGCCCAUGUGGUUGCUCUCUAUAAUUUUGUCGGUUAUAGAUCAACCAGUCAGUUGUUUUAUUCUCACUCCCAGGCUGUCAUAAAUACCUGAAAGAAUUGGUACUGUAAACAACUGUAUUUUGUCUCUUGCAAAAAUGCAAUGCAAACCAAUACAUUCAAUCCUUAUAAAGACUUUUAGGCCUCACUGUAGGUUUGCUUUUAAAUAAACAGUAUCAUGUACAUAUUUGGCAAAUUGUAAAAAUGUUUAUUACAGCGCAUAUGUGACCUUGUUGCUAUAAUGUUUUUGUACAACAUAUUUUUCUGACUCACAGUAUUGACAUUAAUUUUAUUUCCUUUUUCAUGAUGUAAAUCAGAUGCCUGAAAUUGAUCUAAAUUUUAAUGCAGAUGUUUUGAGUAUCCAAAUUGUAAAAACUGUAUAGCUAAACCCACUUAGGUUUCUUAGGUGAAAUUAUUUUAAUAUUUAAAUGAGAAUAAUAAGCAUGUUUAAAUGCACUUGUCAGUCGAAUCUCAUUUAGAUCAUUUGCAUUAUGCUAAAGUGACUGAAUAAAUGAAUUUCUGGAGGUAACAAUCAAUCCAAAGUAUCUAAAACCAUAUUUUAGAGAACAAAUAGGGACAAUCACUUAAAGAAAUCUGCCUUCAGUUCACUUCAUGUCCAUACUGCCAUUCUCUGAAUUGUAUAUUUGUAAUUAUACAUUUACUUAUCAUUUUAGUAGGUACUAUUUAAGAAUUUAGUUCCUUUCUAUGUUACAAAUUAGCAUACGGUAUGUUUUCAGCUUAUGGCUGCCUAAUGUUUCCUUUAUUUGAACUUUUCUGUCUUAAUACUUUCCCCUUUGUUAUUUGUAUCUUAGUUAAUCGACUGUGAAAUGAAGAUGAACUCGUGUUUUCUUAAUUAAAAGAAGAAAAUAACAAACAACUGACACGCCGCACUUUUCUUCAAGGCAUUUGCCAAUAGAUGCCACAGACAAUCUGUAUAUAAAGACAAUAAUGAAUCGUGAUGUGUGGAGUCUCCAUUUAUAUGCUUCGGCCUAUGCAGUGAUGUUACAUAUGUUAUAUAUGAAUAUGUAAAAACAAACAUAAAAAUAUUGACAACUGAGAAACUGUGAAGUUUGAACAAUUGUUGCCUUAAAGUAUCUGCAUUUGAUUAGACAGCAGGUGUGUUCUACUGCAUAGUGAGAGAAGAUUUAUAUAUAGAUAUAUUUAGAUAAAGAGAAAAGUUGUAUUAUAUUACGCUGAAAAGAAUGCAGAUGCCAUGCAGAUUGUGCCUAUUGUUUUUUUUUUGUUUUGUUUUUGUUUUUUACAAUUUAUUCUUGAUUCCUGGAUGAAACAUGAUUAUUGCAAAUGUACAAAUAAAUGAUUCACAAACA